CUGAACGGUACGUAUGACAGACUUGGAGAAGAGUAUUAAAAUGACAGCUAACAAUUGAAAAUGAAUUUACUGCAAUGUCUUAGAUUGUGACUUUAAUGGAGAAACGUUAUUUAAGAGAGAUAGAACUCAGAUUACUGCGAUGCCCAAACUGAAGAUGGCCUUCAUUUUCAUCCUAACCUACUUGUGCUUCCUCGCUCCUGUCCACCAAGCACAACUUCCAAACGCCAGCAUUUCAGAUCUCUCUCUUAAAAAUAUGGACUUUGCCAUGAACCUUUACAGACGAAUAUCCAGUUACCAUGACAAGAAUAUCUUUUUCUCACCUCUGAGCAUCUCCACCAGUUUCACUACACUUUUGAUGGCUUCUGAUGGUGUCACGCACGAGGAAAUCCUGAAGGGACUCAACCUGGAGCAGCUGGAGGCAGACGACCAGCCAGAACUUAUCCCGAAACUCUUUAAGCUGCUUCAUGAGAACAUCACACAGAACGGAUCGCUGAAACUGGACCAAGGAAUGGCCCUCUUUAUGCGGCAACAUUUUGAGGUCAAGAAGACGUUUGAAGACCAAAUGAAGACGUUUUUUGAUGCUGACAUCAAAGCUGUAGACUUCGCUGACAUAGAAAGGACCAUCAGUUUUAUUAAUGAAUACAUCAAGGACAAGACUGAGGGUAAAGUUACAGAGAUGAUUUCUAACCUAAAUGAUGCCAUCCAGCUCUUGCUAGUCAACACAAUUUUCUUCCAGGGAACCUGGCAGAUGCCUUUUAACCCCAAUCUGACUCAAAGUGCCCCCUUCUACAUUGACAACUAUAAUAUUGUGCAAGUGCCAAUGAUGUUUAAGGAAGACAAAUUCUACACGAUGCAAGAUGUUCCUCUCGGUGCCAGAGUGCUAAAGCUGCCGUAUCAGGAAGGUAUUUCCAUGCUUGUCCUGCUACCCAACAAAGGAACGGACUACACUGUAAUUGAUGAAGAGAUCAGUGGUCAGAAGUUCCUGAAUUGGAUUAAAAAGCUGCAAAAAAUCAAACUGGAAGUCAACAUGCCUAAAUUCAAGAUGGAGCAGUCAUACUCCCUGCACAAGAUUCUACCAGACAUAGGCAUGACCAGCAUCUUUAGCGUUUCAGCCAAUUUGACAAGGCUCAGUAAGGACGGAGGCCUCAAAGUGUCAGAGGUGCUGCACAAGGCUGUGAUUGAGGUGGAUGAGACGGGGACAACUGCAGCAGCUGCCACAACAGUCGGCAUUAUUCCCUACUCCCUACCGAGAACCUUCACUGUCAACAGGCCAUUCUUCUUCUUCAUAUACCAUGAAGACACAAACUGCCUGCUGUUCAUGGGCAGGGUGAUUGACCCCACAAAGAACUAGUCGUCACCGCUGCACUGUUUGAGCUCUUGCACGUGAUUUUUGUGUUCGCUCAGGCUUUGACAAGGCAAAUUUGGUGCAUUUUUGAAGUCUAUAAUUGGUUUGGAAUGGGGUUUUUUGGCCUCUGCUGUAAAAAAACAAGCUAAAAGUGAUGAAUGUUAAUAAAGACUUUACAUUAAUCUUAAUAAUUUCAUCCUCAAAUCCAUAAUAACCCUAAAACUUAUAUGAAAUGAAAAAUGUGUUGGUUAUAUAUAUGAGACCACAGAACUUUCAUUUAAUAAAUUAAUGAAAAAUUUGC